GUGGGGGUGAUUUUUGUGUGAUUACUAUGCCUAUGAUGCGACUGAGACAGUGACAGUAACUGAUACCAUGAAAAACUAUGAAAAACACCAGAGGUCCGGCAGUCCUUUUGGGCGGUUUAAUCAAAAGUUGAAGUCGUGGCGGUGUCGCGUUUGGUUGGGGGAAAAAAACGGCAGCAGCGUCACCCUCUCGUGAACCCUUGUUCCGAUACCUCUUUGCAACUUGCGUGGCUUAAGUAAAGUACAAAGAACCUGGUCCAAAGAGAUGUCAAGGGACCAUGAGGAGAUGAACAUCAUUGCUAAACCACUGCGUUUCCACGCCAGGAGCUUGUUGUGAAGACAUGAUAAUUGUGCUAGGAAAGGAACUUCAGAACACAUCAAAAAACAUUGCCAAGUCAUUGCGUUUCCAUGCGGGGAGCUCGUAUUUGCAAGGACUAUCCAUGGGGGAACGCAAAUUUCUCCUACUAUGCCGUGACUUCUGCGGCUGAGUGUAUUGUUUCAGUGACCGGUUUGCAUCAAACUACGUCAGUCAUAUGUCCAUGUUCAUCAUCCAUUCUUGGUUGAUCGAAUAGCCUCAGGCAUCCUCGUAUAGGCCAUCAAUGAUAAAUUUGUCCUAACUGUGAUGUGGUAUUUGUCACUUGCCGGUCUGCUUGGUCAACUGCACGUGGCGCUUCAUCACCUAUUUUUCAGUGUGCUUUUGUUGGUGAAUCACGCAGUGUGCCCGCAGGGGUUGGAUCAAGUCAGGCCACACCUUAUAGCAUAAUUGCCAAUGAUGCAUUUUGCUAAAUUCUGCAGGGCCUUGGCGAGGGGCACUCGCCAAGUUAGAAAUUUUGCUGAUCAUCAUGGCGCUCCUAUGCCUGAUCAAUUGCGGGCCCACGCUUUACAAAAUGCAGUGCCCAUGGUUGGUUUUGGCAUUGUAGAUUGCGUGGUGAUGACCCAGGUAGGGUCAACAAUGGAUGCUGUCCUAGGGGCAACUCUUGGCAUUUCUUCCAUCACUGCAGCAGCCAUUGGGUUGUUUUGCAGUGACUCAUGUGGUGUCCUUUUCGGCGGCACCAUAGAAUCUUUUGCCGGGAAACUAGGCCUGCCUGCCGCUCAUUUGAAGGUUGAACAACUAGAUUUGCCAGUGACCAAAAAAUGGGGAACAAUGGGAAGGCUGUUUGGUGUGCAGCUUGGCGUUUUGCUUGGUAGCACAACAUUGCUGCUGAAAACAGAUGACGCAAAAUCGCAAGGCAAAACCGACGACGCAAUGCAUGGAGCUGAACCAACUUCGGGAGCGUCCUUCGAGACAUUGAUCAGCACAGAUACCCACAGGACUUCCGAUGUCGUGGUUUUCGCCAAUCCAGGUUGUCCCUCUGGCCGCGCAGUGGUCGACACACUAUUGAACCACCAGGCCAGCUUUGUGGUGGCACCGCUGGAGGGUCACCUUGCCGAAGUAAAGAAGGCCACUGGAGCAGCAGCAUCGCCCUCUAUUUGGGUUCAUGGCAGGUAUGUAGGCAACACCUUGCAUGGCAGUGCCGUUUCAGAUUUGUUUGCGAGCAAAGAGUGCUGAGCAGCUAAAAAAGGGAC